GGAAAUAAUAGAAUUAAUUGUGUUAGCUAACUAAUACGAAAUUAAGAUUCCUUCUUCCUUUUUAUAACCUUUUGAAGAAGCACUAUGAAGAGAGUUGUGUAAGAAUAGGAUCCCAUAUGAAAAAGUUGGCACAAAAGAAGAAAAAAAAAGUUGGCACAAAAGAUGUUUUCAUUUCUUCUAGUAGCCUAAUCCAACGAUCAACUUGUAAAUUCAUCUCAUGAUUCCAUGACGUGGGCUAUUCUGCACCCUCAAUCUCCAUUGACGACAUGGUGAAGAACAUUAAAGUGGAUGAUCAUCUUGCUAAGGUCUCUGCCUCCACCACUUCCAUGAAGAGCUGCCAAUCAGAGCCAUAUUAUGAAACCCUUGAGACAUAUCAAGGCCUGCCUUGUCCUUAUGGUGGCUACUAUGGAUUCUACUAUCCAAGUCUUGAUGGCUCAGUGGGAGAAGCAAAGGAUAAUGGAUACUAUAGUUAUGGAACAGAAGCUCAAUACCAAGUUAUGCAAGGUGGAAAUGGAUCUUUGAUCUACAUGAUGCCAGGGUUUCAAUCUUAUGAUGUUAGUCCUACUUAUAUGCCUAUAAGCCCGGUUGGUGUGUCGAGUCAAGCGCUUCACUCACCGUUGUAUGCAGCAGCUCAAGGGUAUUAUCAGAACCAAUAUUGUUAUGGAGAUGUUUCAUCGCCAACCUAUCUAUGGGAUCCUAUUGGAGACACGUAUGUGUAUGGUGUUGCUUCAAGUAACCAAUCUUUAAGUUAUAACCAUAGCAACUAUUACUCAAAGAACAAGACUUCUUUCACAAGUCACGGCAUGGGAGAUAGGCCUAAGAAGUCUGGAGGUUUGAAUGCGAGGAAGAAAGAUAAUGUUGAUAGUACUGAAGGAGAAUGUGAGUCCUGUGUAGGUUCUGUGAUGAUCAAAAGGGAUCAAUAUAACCUGCCUAGCUUUCAGACCAAGUAUGAAGAAGCAAUGUUCUUUGUGAUAAAAUCUUAUAGUGAAGACGACAUUCACAAGAGCAUCAAGUACAGUGUAUGGUCUAGUACUCUCAACGGGAACAAGAAGUUAGACAGUGCGUAUCAAGAAUCUCAAAAGAAGGUUUCAGAGAAAGGUGGAACGUGCCCUGUCUACCUUUUCUUCUCGGUGAAUGCAAGUGGCCAGUUUUGCGGUGUAGCUGAGAUGACUGGGAGAGUUGAUUAUGAGAAGAGCAUGGAGUUUUGGCAGCAAGAUAAGUGGACUGGCUAUUUUCCGGUUAAGUGGCACAUAAUCAAAGAUGUUCCAAAUCCGCAACUAAGGCAUGUUAUACUAGAGAACAAUGAGAAUAAGCCUGUGACAAAUAGCAGAGACACACAAGAGGUGAGGUUGCCACAAGGGAAUGAAGUGUUGAACAUCUUCAAGAACUAUGCAGCAAAAACAUCUAUAUUGGAUGAUUUCGAGUUUUAUGAAAACAGAGAGAAGGUUAUGGUUCAAAAGAGGCUAAGGUUUACUCCGGCUCAGAUAAAGAAGAAAGUAGAUGAAGACUUGGUUGCUGAGUUCCAAACAAUGGAGAUAUCAAAUACAGUCGAAGAGAAUCGAAACACAGACUUGACAGGGACUGUGAACUAACUAGAAGAUGCUGUUUGUAUUUUUUUUUCAAGUCACCAUAAACCGUCCGAUUGUUUCGGAUUGCUUUGAUUUUUAUAAGUGAUUGGUUUCUUGUUCUGUUAUUUUGUUGUAAUGUUGCAGUUUGUAACCAUUGGCAAUGAUAGAAUUUGGUUUUAUAGUGAAAAUCUAAAAAUCAUACGGACAAAACAAAGUAUAAAAGGAGUAGACAUGAAAUGAGUUCUCUACGAUCUCUUCAAUGAGCCUUGCCUGAGUAACUCUUGCAAGGCUUAAGAAAGAUGGAAAAUGAUGAAACAUAGAGGACAGAAGAGAUCAAGGCUGGCUCGGGGGUGGUCCACGUCCACCACGUUGUGUUCGGCCACCACGAGUAAUCAGUCGAUUAUUGCCUCCUCGAAUGUUUAAUAUUCGACCACGACCUCUAGGAGCGGGUGGUGAAGGAGCUCGGUUGGCUGGUGAAGGAGUUCGGGUUCCUCCUAGAGUAGCAGCAGCUACUCCGGCUUGUCUUAUUGCUGCUUUCUCCUUCGCUUUAUCAGCUAUGUUAAUUGUUCUACUUGGUGACGCUGCUCUUUUUGUUUCUUCAGUAGUUUCUGGAGGUUCGCUUGCACCUGCAGAUGCUGAGACAGUUUUAGCGACUGUGGGCUCUGCAACUUGAGAUUUGUUUCUCUUCGUUUCACCAGUUUCUGGAGUAGAGGAAGUCGGUGGAGUGGCAGAUCCAGAGGCAGUUGUAGCUAUUGUGGUCUCUGGCUUGAGAUCGGUUUCUGCUACUUGUUGAUUAUUACCAUCGUUGGGUUUAUCAGAGGCUUCUUCAGGAACUACAUCACCUCCUUCAUCGUUUUUAACAUCUUCUAGUGGUGGUUCAAUGGUUGUUUCAGCUUCUUCCAUUGUUGUCUCCAUCCUAAUAGGUGACUGCAUGGGUGUAGUAGUCUCUUCAAGAUCUUCCAGUGUAUCUAGAUCGAGUUCUCCUUCUUCUUUAUCAAACUCCGCGUCUGUCGGAAGAUCUUGAUUCUCUUGUUCGGUCUGAUCCUUCAACUCUUCUUCGGUAGGGAUAGUUUCUGUCUCAGUUGGAUUUUCUUCUACUGGUUCAUCGUCAGCUUUAUCCUGCCCUUCUUCAGCUUCAGUUUCUUGUUGUGCUUCUUCCACAGUUUCCUCAUCUGCAGUCUCUGCUUCUGUUUCUUCAUUGUCAUCCUCGGCGGCAGUAGUAGCAUCCAUUGCUUCAUCCAUCUCUGGCUCUUUGGAGAGGUUUUCACCUUCAGCAGUAUCAGGUUGUGACUCGGAUCCUUUUGGCUUCUUGGACGCAGGUGGUGCAAUCUCGGAACUGGUUUCUCCUUGAGUCCCUUGC